UGUUGGGCCCUCUCCACGUGCUGCUCGACAUGUGUUCCCAUAUCCCUGCCUCCCUCCAGGGCAUUUGAACCACAGCUGCCAUCGGAGCCCCGACUGGAAGGAGCAGGCCUUCUCCCUUUCUGUUCCCAGCUCUGGGGACCCGGGAGGCCUGCACCCACCUUUCCUCCCCAACCCGUCCCUUCCUCCCCAGCCCAUGGGGACGCUCGUGGCCAAACUGCUCCUGCCCACCCUGAGCAGCCUGGCCCUCCUCCCCGCUGUCAGUGUCGCUGCCAAAAGGCGGUUCCACAUGGAGGCCAUGGUCUACCUCUUCACCAUGUUUUUUGUGGCGCUCUACCACGCCUGCAACGGGCCCGGCCUGUCCAUUCUCUGCUUCCUGCGCCUCGACGUCCUGGAGUACUUCAGUGUCUACGGGACGGCCCUGAGCAUGUGGGUCUCGCUGAUGGCGCUGGCCGACUUCGACGAGCCCAAACGGUCAACCUUCGUGAUGCUGGGAGUCCUGACCAUCGCCGUGCGGACCUACCACGACCGCUGGGGCUACGGGGUGUACUCGGGCCCCAUCGGCGCGGCUGUCCUCAUCAUCGCGGCCAAGUGGCUGCAGCAGAUGAAGGAGAAGAGGCGCCUGUACCCCGACAAGAGCGUGUACGCCCAGCAGGUCGGCCCGGGCCUCUGCUUCGGGGCGCUGGCCCUGCUGCUACGCUUCUUCUUCCAGGACUGGGAGUACACUUACGUCCACAGCUUCUACCACUGCGCCCUGGCCAUGUCCUUCGUCCUGCUGCUGCCCAAGGUGCCCUCUGGAAAGAAAAGAACUUUCUCUGGUGGGCCAAGGUCAGGACCGACGAGGGCGCCUGCAGCCGCCUGCAGCCAGCGUCUGUCCUCCCCAGCUCCCCUUCCCCGUGGCUGUAGCCCAGCUGUGGCUCCGCCUGCCCCAUGGUCCCCAUGCUCCCACACCAUCUCUUUCCUCUUGGAAACUGGUAUCGCCUCUCCUGACCUCUGCCCUCAGGCUCUGAGCGGGCCAGGGCCAGCAGGGCUGCUCUGUCCCCGGCCCAGGCCUGCCUGCCCCUUGGCUGUCCAUCCAGCCAGGUCCCUGAAUCAAACCAUUUCCAUUCACUGCGUGCCCAAACUCUCACAUUCGUCAUUUCAUCUAAUUCUUCAAACAAGUCAGGGUAAAUGACGCGUUCAAGGCCCAGAGCUGGGGAGUGUGGAGCUGGGCCCAGCUGCUGUCCCCCGGUCCCCACACCAGGCCAGCCACCGUGCUCUGCAGCUGACCCGUGCCCACGGUUGGAGUGCACUCAGGGCCUUUGAGGGCCCACCCUGCCCGCAGCUGCCCAGCGUGGGAAGGUGGGCCUGGGUACAGGGACCCGGAGUAGUGGCCGCCAGGCCCCCGGGCCGGCCUCACGGGGCUGGGCUCGCGGCUGUGUGGCGGCAGUCCGCCUGCUCCCACUCAGAGCCUGUCUGCACUGGCCCUGGGGGUGAGGGGGCGGGGGCGGGCCUCCCAGACAUCACCUCACAGACCUGAGCCUCCCCAGCCUCCUGAAUGACCCGGGCACAUCUGUCAGGCAGGAAGUUACCUACACCUGUCUGCGGCCUGUUUGUGUUUCCAGACGGUGCAGUUACCCCCAGCUGCACCCACCCAGUCGGGCGGCGCGUUAUUUGUCCUAAAGUCACCUCAUCCAUGCCUCGAGGGCCGGGAGAGAGGUGGUGCAAGCACCCAGGCUGGGGACAAGGCGGACCCCUUGGCCAGGCCCCCAUCUAUCAGCUUCCCUGGCUGCCCAGUGGUCCCACGUCUUGGGGGCCUGGACACUCGCCAUCUUGCCCUGGCUCAGCCCUUUUCUGUCCCCAUAGCCGGUUAAAACAGAGCGGCCACGAGGUCCUUGACACCUGCACUGAGGGUCAUCGCCAGGCCCUCGGAGUGGGGCAGAAGCCGAGGCCCCACGUCUUCAGGGCCCUCCACCCAGAGAUGUCCCCACGGGAGAGCAGAUGGCACGGGACACGGAGGGGCCCCUCCACCAGCCGGAUCUGGGCCCUGGAGGAGGGAGGGCAGGUCUAAGUUGAGGGAUGCAAGCACACACACGUACACACACGGGCGCAGGGACACAUGAAGAGACAGACGUCCUGGAACCAGGCUCUCCCCUCUGGUCCUGCCUUCUGUCUCCCCAGAGGAGCACCAGGCAGUAAGGCAAGGGGCAGGCUCCGGGGGCCACGCAGGGGUAGAACAUGACAUCUGCAAGGUGGCUGGCCUCCACCGGUCGCCUCCCUCCCCCAACCCUCCGCCUCCACCCUAGCACCUCCCUCCCAACCCCCUCCCUCCCCCGCGAGCACACCCCAGCUCCCAGCUCUGCAGCAGCACAUGGAAAAUUGGAGGCUGCGGGGUGCUCCCAAGCAGGGAGGAGGCAAGGGGCCUGCCAAGCGCGGAGGGGCUGCGCUAACAGGCUGCUCACUGUGGCCGCGCUGAUUUAUGAGGCUGUCUGGGAGCCCAGCCAAGUCUGUAAGUCAUGGACAAUUAGGAGGCGCGCUCCAGCCCUCAGCCCCGUCUGCCUCUCGGGCUCCAGGCCCGACUGCACCCCUUCUGACCAGGGUCGGCCCCCACGGAGACCCCUCAGAGGAUCCCGGGUGUGGGGCCUGAGUCCACUUUGCAGAUGAGGACACUGAGGGCCAGCGGUAUUGGCAGCUGGCCCUCAUCCCUUGGACAUUGGCCACUGAGUUUGUGGCUGAGCCCGGGGUCUUGCCAGUCAUCCCAGAGGCAUC